AUGCAGCGCGGGGGGGGCGCCUCAAGGAGGCAGAACUACAAGAAGGGACUGGAUGCCGAGGAAGGACGCAGGAAGAGGGAGGACAACAUCGUAGCCCUGCGUAGGAACAAACAGCAGGAGAACCUCCAGAAGCGCCGGACGUUCGUGGCCGACGAUGACCAGGGCGACAUGAUGAGCGCGGCGGGCGGCCCGCUCGGGGGCCACAGGGAGAUGCAGCUCGCGACGCUGCCCGACCUGGUGCAGAAGAUCCACUCGCCCAACCUCGACGACCAGCUCGAGGCGACCCAGGGCUUCCGGAAGCUCCUCUCGAUCGAGAAGAACCCGCCGAUCCAGGAGGUCAUCCAGCAGCGCGUGAUCCCCAAGUUCGUGGAGUUUCUGCAGCGCACCGACUCAUGGAAGCUGCAGUUCGAGGCCGCGUGGUCGCUCACGAACGUCGCGUCGGGCACGUCCGACCACACGCAGGUCGUCAUCGACGCCGGGGCCGUGCCGAUAUUCGUCCAGUUGCUGAUGUCGGAGCAGGCGGAGGUGCGGGAGCAGGCGGUGUGGGCGCUCGGCAACAUCGCGGGGGACUCGCCCAAGUGCCGCGACCUCGUGCUGCAGCACGGGGCGCUCCAGCCGCUGCUGCAGCAGCUGUCGCCCGAGUCCGUCAUCUCCAUGCAGAGGAACGCCACGUGGACGCUGUCGAACCUGUGCCGCGGGAAGCCCCAGCCGCCGUUCGAGCUCGUGAGCGGCGCGCUGCCGGCGCUGGCCCUGGUGCUGCACUUUGACGACGAGGAGGUCCUCACGGACGCGUGCUGGGCGCUCUCUUACCUGUCGGACGGGGACGACAGCAAGAUCCAGGCGGUGAUCGACAGCGGGGUGGUGCAGCGGCUGAUCCAGCUGCUCAUGCACCAGCAGCCGUCGGUGCUGGUCCCUGCCCUGCGGUCGGUGGGCAACAUCGUCACCGGGAGCGACAUCCAGACGCAGAUGGUGAUCGACCACGGCGUGCUGGCGUGCCUGCGGAACCUUCUGAUGAGCAGCACGAAGAAGAACAUCCGGAAGGAGGCGUGCUGGACGAUUUCGAACAUCACGGCGGGCACGGUGCCGCAGAUCGGCGCGGUGAUCGAGGCCAACAUCGUCCCGGUGCUGGUGGAGAUGCUCAGCCGCGAGACGUUCGACAUCAAGAAGGAGGUGGCGUGGGCGAUCAGCAACGCCACGUCGGGCGGGGACGCGAGCCAGAUCAAGUACCUGGUGCAGAGCGGGUGCAUCCCCCCGCUGUGCGACCAGCUGACGUGCGCGGACUCCAAGGUGGUCACCGUCGUCCUCGAGGCGAUCGAGAACAUCCUCAAGGUCGGCGAGGCGGACAAGCAGCUCAACGGGCCCGAGGCCGAGAACCUGUUCUCGCGCAUGGUCGAGGAGUGCGAGGGCCUCGACAAGAUCGAGCAGCUGCAGACGCACGAGUCGCAGGAGGUGUACAAGAAGGCGUACAGCAUCAUCGAGCAGUUCUACGGCGAGGACGGCGACGGCGACGACCUGGCCCCCGAGGUGCACUCGGGCACCAACCAGUACACGUUCGCGCCGCCCACGCAGCCGCAGGGGGGCUUCGACUUCUAG